GUUAUUACUCUGAAAGUUGUACCCAGGACUAGAUCCUAGGUGAGCUAGGUAUCUACACGCGUCUCGCCAACAUCACCAACACCAUCACAUCUUCUUCAUCAUGUCGAUCACAUCAUUCGACACCGCGCCCGGAAGGGGCGGAUUCCUGACAUUCAACUCCUCUCCUCCGCGCAUCUACCUCACAAGCACGUAUCCCGCUCCAGAAAAAGCGCUCCUAGCUUGGCAAGAAGAAGGCUACGAUGCGCAAUUCCUUCCCUACGAACCACGCAAGCAAUCCCAAACCGAAUACAUCAAUACCAUCCGAAAACUCACAGAAGCAUGCCAGCUCGGCGAGCAUUACGCGAUAAUUGCGUAUGGCGAGGCCGCCAGCCUUGUCCUCAAAACAGCACAGAAACCGCUGGCGAAAUGCUGUGCGAUUGUCGCUUUCUACCCGACGCUUCUACCCAGUCCAAAAACCAUGUACCCGCGAUCACACCAAUUGCAGGUCCACGUUGCGUGCUUGAGUCAAGCCAGCGCCAGACCGGAGAUGUGCGAGUGGAAGCUGUAUCGGUACGAACGGUGUGCUUCAGGAUUCUUGGAUCCAUCAUCCCCAGCGUAUUCGGAAGUAGAAGCCAAUCUAGCUUGGACCAGAGCGCUGGCGAGUAUCCGCAAAGGAUUCGGAAAGAAUGUCGAUCUGGAACCCGUUGCGAUUGCGCAUUGGAACGCACGUUUUGAGGACGACGAUCCGGAUCGAGCGAGCAUGGCUGUGGCCAAGAAUAUGACGCAGGAUAGCCCGCAUGUUACUAUUCUUCCCACAAUGGAAGGCGGUGUGGGAAGGAAGAAGUUGGCUGAGUUUUAUGGGGAAUUCUUCGUACCGAGUUUGGUCCCGGAUUUCGAUAUACGCCUGAUUUCGCGGACCAUGGGCGUUAAUCGUAUCGUGGACGAGAUGGUGGUGUCUUUUACGCACUCGGAUGAAAUUGAUUGGAUACUGCCUGGUGUGCCACCGACAAACAAGCAUGUCGAAAUAGCCAUGGUCAGUAUCGUGGCUGUACGAGGCGACAGGCUCGUUUCGGAACACAUGUAUUGGGAUCAAGCUUCUGUUCUGGUGCAAAUUGGACUACUGGAUCCCAAGGCCGUUCCCAAGAAGCAGAAGAGCGAUGGGUUGAAGACACUGCCUGUCUCAGGGGCAGAGGCAGCAAAGCAGUUGGCGGAGCCACAACAGGGCCGUUAUAACAAGCUACUACAAAUACACGGUCUGAUGAAUGGAAUGAAUGGGAACUAAUGGCCACUUUUUUUUACUGUUUACAGCGUGGUGUUUUGGAGUACAGGAUGGCAAAAUCUCUAUUUCGAAAUUGAGAAGUCCUAUCUGGUUAUGAGAAUCAUUAAUGAAUCAAUGUCAAAUAUCUUGUUUCAUUACAUCUUACUCCCAUGUCCUUAAGUGCGUGACCUGCCCAUCACCCAAUGAAGCUGCAAGUCGGUAGCUUAUAAUCCUUCAACACCCAAUACUUCCUUCUUACACCCUCCCACUCACCCUUCUCAUCAAGAUCCGGUACAGAAAUAGUCUCCCACUCAGUAUCAAACCCAGCCUCGAAGAGAUCAAACUCCACAAUCUUGGUGUACACAUCGUACACAAUCUGUCGAUCGGCCCCCAUACCAUUGAAGAAGCCAAACUUUCCGCCUUCGCUAUCUGCACCUCCUGCGGGAUCGAGCAGCCCGAUAACGUAUUCGGUGAAAAAUUCGCGCAGGGCCUUGUACUCCUCA